GGUUAGCGCCAUUUUUGGCCACAGCAACAUAUCGACCAUCUAUCGUGAACGGUAAACAAAAGAAAAAUUGUUGAAAAUCGAGUUAAAACUGGCCACACAAAACCAUUAGACCUGCUGCGUAAAGACAUCCGAUGGACGCAUUAGAAAAGACGCCGGUCGUUGCAAGUAAAUGUCGUGUUUGCCUAGGAGAAUACGACGAGAGCACCAUGCAAGCACUUUCCACAGAGAACGACAAUACGGACGGCGAGGAUGAAGGCAUCCAUAGCGCAGCCUUUGAUAAACAGCAUUUGAGCCGGAGUAUUGAGUACUGUUGCGGCAUUAGAAUACGCCGGUCAAUGCAGCUGCCGUCUCUUGUCUGCGAGCGCUGCUGCGAUUUUGUGCGCAUGUGGUUCAGCUUUCGGCAAAUGUGCCUCAAUUCGCAAGUGUACUUGGAGAGCUCGUGCUUGCAUGAUGAGAAGCCAGACGACCAGAUUGAUUCCAGCAACAGCGAGUACAUGGAAUAUCUGUACGAGACGUUGCAGCUGCAAACGCUCGAUCGCGAGGAGCUAGAGUCCGGUGGCUCCCCGGAGAUGGGCAGUGAUUAUGUGGUCGACUAUGACGACGAGAGCAUUGUUGCAGACGCCACAAUGCCGCCGGACGAGCUGGACGAGUGCCCAAAGCACUAUUUGCCUGAAAUAAUAACCGAGCUGGAGGCGUACGAGGCUGACGAGGGCGAGCCCAUAGAAGUCGAGCCGGCUCUGAUAUAUCCAGACGACAGCCAAACAGCGGACGCUGACCUACCACUUAAGCUGGAGCAUUGUGAUGCCGAUUAUGAUGAUGAUAACGAUGGGUUCUUGUCGCCAACGCCAUCGCCUGAACCAAAGCCCACCACGACAGCUAAACGCAAGCCGGGUCGCCCUCGCAAACCGGACAGCGAGCUGAAAUCAAAGCGAAAGAUCAAAGGCGAACAGCUUGCCAAAAACGAGCAACAGACUGAGGACAUGCCCACGAAAUAUAUGUGCAAUUUGUGCGGCAAUGUCUAUCCCAAGAAGGCCGCAUUCACGGCCCACAUGAUGGCACACACCGACUACAAGCCGCACCAAUGCGAAAUCUGUUGCAAGUCCUUUCGUCAAAUGGGCGAACUGCGCGCACACAUACGCCGACAUACCGGAGAGCGGCCCUACAAGUGUCUGUACUGCGACCGUCAUUUCUACGACCGCAGCGAGAAGGUUCGCCACGAGCGUGUGCACACCAACACGCGGCCAUACGAGUGCAAGGAGUGUGGCAAGACGUUCACGCACACGGCCAUCCUCAAGAACCACAGCUUGGUGCACUCCGGCGAAAAGAACUUCAACUGCAACAUUUGCUCCAAGUCAUUUACAUUGCUGCACCAGUUGAAGGCACAUCUGCAGACGCUGACGCACAGAAGCAAAGAGGAGCAAGCUUUCGCCAGCUCCAGCAGCUACAUUCUGAGCCAGGAGAAUCUGGAGUAAUUUAAGAUAUUCUAAAUUAUAGUGGAUUAAACAACAUUGAUGUAUCAGUAGACCAUAUUUUAAAAUCGUAUUGUCCCAUUGAAUGCAACAGCCUCGACGUUCUAUUGUAUAUAGUGCGCGCUAUAUAUACAUAUUUAUAUUUCUUGCUCAAACAAACAAA